UCUACCGGAAGUGAGGCCCAGGGCCUCCGGCGCGCUGCAGUGCCAGUUUGUAGCGGCCUCCGCACACCUUCGAAUUGUACCUCCACCGGGCUAGAGGGGCCGGGGAGCGCAUCCCGCCCCCGCCCCCACCCACGCCGCCCCCUCCGUCGCAGCCGCCGCUGCCGCUUCUCACGCACUAGGAAUCCCUGGCCUCGCUCCCGGAGGCAGGGGCUCUGCGGGUACGCGGGCCCGGCCUCCGGCGCGUUCCAAUCCGCGAGCCUGCCGGCUCGGGCCUCGCCGACGCGCGCCAAUUUCCGCAUCCGGCUCCUGGCACUUCCGGUCUUAGCGGGGCCCAUCUGGGAGGUAGGUGUGUGAGCGUGGGAAACUGGCUCCGUGGCGUGGACGCCCAGAGUGUGCUGUCCCCAGCCUCGGUUUUCCCCUCCGCUAAUAUGUGUUGUCAAAGGUCCUUUCUUGGGAGAAGGACUUGAGUGAGAUGCAUGUGGAGAUUUCCCCCACGUGGAGACGAGGGAAAUGGGUGCCUGAAUUUGUAUCUCUGUCCUUGGGUCCCGCGCUGGGUAAUUCAGAGGUCAACUAUGCCAAAUCUGUGACUGCCUUCGAGCAUACUUAGACGUUUCUUCCCUGGGCAAAUGAUAGAGCUCACCUAUUCUGGCGUUCCAGAUCACAAGAGUUUCAGCUGGUUGGCCCUGCAACCCCCUCAGUUUACAAAUGAGACUGAGAUCUAGAGAGGGGAAAUGGCCUUCCUAAUACCAUACUGCUGGAGAAUUGUGGGGCUUCCCUGGAACCCAGGCUUCCUGGUUCAGAAGGAAGUCCUCCUUCCAUCAUUUCACAUUUCACAUUAUCUGAGAGGUUACUCUGAUGUCUUUCCUCUCUUUUAAGUCCUACGAAGAUGGGUCUUAUCUUACUGGUUCCCAAGCCUAUGGAUUCCGUUAUCAGGAUCACUUUCUUCCCCAGGGUAUACUACAAACCUCCAGAUGUUGGCCUAUGGGAUUCAGCAGAGGAUGAGUUGUCCAUCCUCUCAUUGGUAAGCUGUUUUUCCCAACUGUUCUCCCACCAUCCACCGUCAUCAUGUCUACCUUACUCCUCAAUCUGGAUUUUGGCGAACCUCCCCCCAGAAAGGCAUUAGAAGGGAAUGCCAAGCACCAAAAAUUUGUCAAGAAGCGGCGGCUCUUGGAACGGAAAGGCUUUCUGAAUAAGAAGCAGCAGCCCCCUAACAAGGUCCCUAAGUUGCACUCAGAACCUUCAAAGAAAGGGGACACUCGCAAGGUGGAUGGCACUUGGAAGCCCCCUCCCCUUCCAAAAAAGAAGACUGCUGCUUCCAGCAGUGGGUCAGAGCAGUCCCUGGACAAGAAAGCUGCAGUGCCUUGGCUGACCCCUGCUCCUUCACAGAAAGCUGGUUCUGUUGUGGCUAAAGUAGAUUUGCUGGGGGAGUUCCAGAGUGCCCUACCAAAGAUUAAGAGCCUCCCAAUUCGCCCCCAGAAGAAGGGCUCCCAGAAGAACCCUCCUCAGAAGACUGCCCCACAGAUCUCCACCCAAGCUCAUUCAGAGAAUAAAUACCCUGGAGCAUCCCAGAAGAUGCCAACGAAGAUGGUGGCAAUUGACUGUGAGAUGGUGGGCACAGGACCCAAGGGGCAUGUCAGUUCCUUGGCUCGAUGCAGCAUUGUCAGCUAUAGCGGAGAUGUGCUUUAUGAUGAGUAUAUCCUUCCCCCCUGCCACAUUGUGGACUACCGGACCAGAUGGAGCGGUAUCCGGAAGCAGCACAUGGUGAAUGCUACUCCCUUCAAGAUUGCUCGGAGCCAGAUCUUGAAGAUUAUCACAGGGAAGAUAGUGGUGGGGCAUGCCAUCCACAACGACUUCAAAGCCCUUCAGUAUUUUCACCCUAAGUCCCUCACCCGAGACACCUCCCAUAUCCCCCUCCUCAACCGUAAGGCCGACUGCCCAGAGAAUGCAACCAUGUCUCUGAAGCAUCUCACCAAGAAGCUGCUGAGCCGGGACAUCCAGGUUGGGAAAAGCGGACAUUCCUCUGUGGAAGAUGCCCAGGCCACCAUGGAGCUGUACAAGUUGGUUGAAGUUGAGUGGGAACAGCACCUGGCCAAGAAUCCCCCAAAAGACUAGUGCCAGUGGGGACACUGGUGAUGUGGGGAGGCAGAGGCAGGCAGCGCCACACCCGGGAGAACAGGGCAGUGGACCAGUGCACAGCUCUACCAGCUCUACACCUUUGGAAACUAGAGUUGUUGGGGAGAGUGAGGCUCCACCCCAGACUUAAUAGCCAUUAAAAUUUCACCUCAGGUGUUGUUAAGUGUUCCAUGGAAGGAGGCAGGCUCCAUGUCAGAACCCAGCCCUAUAGGCUGUUUACCUCUUAAAUGGUGCUAACCAUGGGUCCCAGGGUGCUUUGCUCCUGGGAAAAAGCCUUUUGACUUUCAAGGGGCAGGGCAUACUGGGAAGUGUAGUUUCCCAAACUGCCUUAUCACUAGGGUGACCAUGUGUCUCAUUUUAUGCCUUUUGUUCUCAAGUAAUUAGCAGCACCGUGUUGAACUUCCCAAAAGUAUCCUGUUGGAUGAUAACUUGUAUGAUCACAGUUCAUCUCUCAGACUUCUUUUGGCUCAGAGUCUACAUCCAGUCUGUGUCGGGAUAUCACCUGUUCUUUCCACCUUGACUUCCAGAGGAGCCAUCCCUGGUGAGGUUUAGUUCUUAGGGUUACAGGGCAGUAGAGGUAAGAGAGUGUGACUUGGAAAUCAAUUUUUCUGAUUUAGGAAAGCAGCCUCUUUCCUAAAGUGAUAGAGGAUUUAUUUAAUUUAGACCCCACUUGGUAGGUUAAAGAAGAAUUUAAAGUGUUUUAAUGGUUUUUAGUCUUUUACUUUGCUAAACCAAGCCUCUUAAGACUCAGAUUACUCCCUUGAUAAAUUUUUAUAAAGGAAAAACAAUUGUGUGAUGUUUUCUUUAUAACUUCACAUUAAAUAGCUUUGUCACAGGAUCCUGUAGAGCUGUAAUUCUGAUAGGGGGUCCAGGGUCUGUGUGAAUGACACUUACUGGGCCCUGGUUUGCUGGAAGUCAUCAAGAAGCGCUGACCAAGCCUUUUGUGUGUAGCCCAUGUGCUCUGCUGCCUUGUCCUCGUCCCUACCACAAAUCAACGAGCACACCUAAAGUGACACCCCAAGCCAUGCGAACACCUUCACACAGAGGGUAUGUGACCAGGAGAGUGACUCAGAGAGUGGGCAUGCGGGAGGGAUGGAGCCGGGGAGGAAGGGUGCUUGAUGACGCCAGCCUGGUCGCUCCCGCCAGCCCUUCCUCGGUGGUAUACACCCUCAUGUUGGGAAGGUGAAUCACAGGUCUGACCUUGUGUCUGGGAUCACUGCACUCUGUCUUGAGAGAACGCAGACUCCACGUAUACACCAAGGCUUGUGCCCUCUUGAGUGGCUAGUUUGGCUCCAGGGGCCAGAGUCACAGUCAUGGCUGCCUAUAGAAGGGAAUUUCCUGCAGCCAAACCGGACCCCAGACGUGGUCUUGCUGUUGUGUCCUGCGCUACAGGAUCUGCUUGCACAGGCAGCUGUUGAGCUCUGAGCAAGUUGGUUCCUGUUGAACCCAACAUAUGUGGUGUCCGUGACACUUCACAAAGAGGUACUAGGCAUCCUUACACACCUCUAAGUGGGAGUAAUCUAGGAAGGCUACACCAAAAACGGGAUACAAGUCUUAACUGAAAUGAAGGCGAGUCUUAAUUACAUUGUGAUCAGUAAACUAGAAGAUAUGUGGGAAAUUCUCAUUUGAGUUCAAGUUUUAGGGUACCUGGCUUCGUAAUUUAUUGAAGUAUAGUUGAUUUACAAUAUUGUGUUAAUUUCUGAUGUACAGCAAAGUGAUUCAGUUAUACAUGUAUAUACACAUUUCUUUUUCUUAUUCUUUUCCAUUGUGAUUUAUCGCAGGAUAUUGAAUAUAGUUCCCUGUGCUAUACAGUAGGACCUUGUUGUUUAUCCAUACUAUAUAUAACAGUUUGCAUCUGCUAAUCCAAACUCCCAAUCCAUCCCUUCCCCACCCCGCUUCCCCUUGGCAACCACACGUCUGUUCUCUAUUCUGAGUCUGUUUCUGUUUCAUAGAUAAGUUCAUUUGUGUCAUAGUUUAGAUUCCACAUGUAAGUGAUAGCAUACGGUAUUCGUCUUUCCCUUUCUGGCUUACUUCACUUAGUGUGAUAAUCUCUAGGUCCAUCCAUGUGAGUAGCAACUGGCUUUUAUGCUCCACUUCACCCCCCACUCAAGUGUCCUCAGUCCAGCAUUGGGAAGAGCUCAGUCUCACUUCAGCUCACCAGGAAGAACCUGGAGACCAGAGGACCUUGCAGACAUUUUCUUAAUCUUUUCUCUUAUCACACUUCCUGGUCAGAGCCCAGCUCACCCUGCAAGGUGCCUGGGGAUCCCUGUACUUUAUUAUUUUUUUAAAAAUAAAUUUAUUUAUUUA